AUGGAAAAAGUUAUGAGCACACAACCCGAAAAUUUAAAUAGAUAUGAAUACAAUCAAGAAGAACAAGAUUUAUUAGAAAGACAAAUGAAUGAGCUGAUGAAAAAACACAAUGAAUUUCUAAAAGAAGCACAUAACAGUAAGAAUGAUAUUGGUGAAGUAAAAACUAGUCCAGAUCUAGAAAGAAACAAUGAAAGAGUUAUUGAAUCUGGUUUAGUUGAGAAGGAAGAGGUAAGAAAAAAAUGUUUAACAAAUAUUUUUAAAUCAAGAAGUGUUCUAAUAGGGGCUGUGGUUACAAUAGGAGUAGCCAGUUUGCUCUUUAUAAAAUUUUAUUCUUCAAAAUGA